GGCCUUGGCUAUACCAUGGCGUCCCUGUUGCUGGGACUCCGGUCUCUAGCAGUGUCCGGGCCACGUUGGAUUCCAGUCCGGGGGAAGAAGCGCUGGUUGCAGCCGUACCUCAGGGCUUUAGAGAGGCAGCGGGAAGUGGCCGGGCCCCCGGAGCCCAUUCCAAGGUCGCAACAGCCAAAUUUUGACUACCAUGCAGAGGUUCUGGCUUUCUCCCAGCGUUUAAAUGAGAGUUUCUCAAUACAACUACUAAAGACUGCAUUUGUGAAUAAGACCUACGUUGAACAGGAGGAGCAGCGACGUCAGGAGCUUGGCCUUGACAAGGAGAUGGCCAUGUUGAACCUGCAGGAUAAUGAGGAGCUUGCUGGUGUAGGCUCUGAUUUCACUGCCACAUAUCUGCAGAAAACCCUCGAGCACGGCUUCCCUAACCUGCCUCCUGAUGGCAUCAAAUCUCUGGUUGAUCACCUUAGUAGCCAGGAGGUUAUAAACCAUGUUGCUCAGAAUUUAGCAGUGGAGGACUUGGCACUUGGCUCAGAGUGUCCUCUGGACCCACUAACUGUUUACAGAACCUUCUUUGCUAUCAUUGGAGCUUUGCUGCAGAGCAGUGGCACCCAGAGAGCUGGUUUGUUUAUCAGGGAUUUUCUACUCGCACAGCUGAUCGGAAAGGACCUCUUUGAUAUAUGGUUAAUUGCAGACCCCAUGUCUUUGCUGGUGCAAGAGCUCUCCCAUAGAAACCUCCCUCUUCCUGAACCCAGGCUGACUAGAGAAUGUGGAGCUGCUACUGUUCUACCAGUCUACUUUGUUGGAUUAUACUGUGAUAAAAAACUGAUUGCCGAGGGUCCCGGGGAAUCUAUCUCUGCGGCAGAAGAGGAGGCUGCCCGCGUGGCUCUGAGAAAGAUGUUUGGAUUCACAGAGAACAGGAGGCCAUGGGAUUAUUCUUCCACCUCUCCAGAGAUUACAGAAAAAGAGGCCAUACACAGGAGCUAGAGCCUGCCUAUGACUCCCUUUCCUGACCACAUAUGGGAAAGAAAACUGACUUAUUGGUGUUUUUGGCUUCAGUUCCAGACCGGAAGCAGUGGCCAGUAAAUCUGGCUGUACAUUUCAUCUUGGCAAAAUUUUAAAAUGCCAUUUCCUUGUCUCCUCAGCAAAGAAGGAAUGUUGUAACCAGUGUCAUUCUCUCAUUUGUUUUUGUACUAAUUGUACCACUGAUAGGAAACAAAUAAAUAGCCAUAUCCUUAUAUCAAA